UAGAGCUCCUCCAAUGAAUCUGGAGGUGACAUUUCUACAUCCAGAGCCUGUUCAGGCUCAACAACCAAUAUCCUCUCAUGUCACAGCUCCACCUUUGGACCUGGUGGUCACCGCAACACCGGAACCUACUGAAGCCGAACAUCAUACAACCCAGAAGAAGACUAGAGCUCCUCCAAUGAAUCUGGAGGUGACAUUUCUACAUCCAGAGCCUGUUCAGGCUCAACAACCAAUAUCCUCUCAUGUCACAGCUCCACCUUUGGACCUGGUGGUCACCGCAACACCAGAACCUAGUGUGGAGGCUGAACAUCAUAUAGCCCCAAAGAAGACUACAGCUCCUCCAAGGAACCCAGAGGUGACAUUUCCACAUCCAGAGCCUGUCCAGGUUCAGCAAACUACCUUCUCUGAUGUCACCGUUCCACCUAGGGACAUGGAGCUCACCAUAACACCAGAACCUAGUGAGGCUGAACAUCGUACAACCCUGAAGAAGACUAGAGUUUCUCCAAAUAAGCCACAGGUGACAUUUCCACAUCCAGAAGCUGGUCAUGCUCAGCAAACAACCUUCUCUGAUGUAAGAAUUCCUCCUUUGAAACUGGAACUCACCAUAACACGAGAACCUUCUGUGGAGGAUAAACAUCCUACAGCCCUGCUGCAGACUACAGCUCCUCCAAACCACCCUGAGGUGAGAUUUCUUGUCCAGGAUCAGCAGCCAACCAUGACCGUAGUCACAGUUCAAGGACCAGGUCUGGUAUUGACCAGGACACAGAAACCAGAAACAUCCUGGACAGGUCCUUUAACGAAUGAACAGAAUGCCAUCUUGAACCUUUGUAAGCUCUGUACCUGCUACAAUAAGACGCUGUCAUGUACUGGUCUCAGCCCAAAGCAGAGGCUGCAGAGAGUGCCUGUACUACACCCCGACAUGUACAAUGGCACUUUCACUGUCUUAAAUUUCAAAGGAAACUCAAUUUCCUCUCUUGAUAAAGAUACGUGGGAGUCAUACCGUUGGGUCGAGAAACUAAUCCUCAGUGAAAAUAAUUUGAGGGAAUUACAUAAGGAUUCAUUUGAAGGGCUUUUGUCCCUCCAGUAUUUAGACUUGUCCUCUAAUAAAAUAGAACUUAUUGAAAUGAAUACAUUUGAAUCCCUACCUUUUCUGCAACAUAUAAAUCUUCAUAACAAUUUAAUCACUAAAGUGAGAUUUGGAACCUUUCAGGCCUGGCAUGGAAUGCAGUUUUUACACAAGAUAAGUCUCAAUCACAAUCCUCUGACCACGAUUGAAGAUCCAUAUCUUUUUAAAUUGCCAGCAUUGAGGUAUUUAGACUUGGGAACCACACAAGUGUCACUUACAACAGUUGAGAACAUCCUCAUGAUGAGCCUUCACUUGGAAAAACUGAUCCUACCUAACCAUCUGGCCUGCUGCCUCUGCCAAUUUAAAAAUAAUAUUGAGGCUGUCAGCAAGACGGUCAAAGCCAACUGUGACGCUGAAUGUCUGGGAAACACACAUUGUGAUGAAGAACUAUAUGUAGGAAAUGCAGAAGGCUCGUUCAUAAAAACCAUAGAAGGCCGGGAGAAGAACAGCACUGAACUGACCAUUGAGCCAGAGAGGGCGUCCUCAGGCACAAAGGGUGGUGGCUUAUCAGCCCUCAUGAACCUCCUGAUGAAGCUUCUCACGGAACAAGAGGAGGUUAAGGUUUCCAAGGAAGACUUUGAUACCGAUCAGUGGAGAAGUGAGAGGACAGGAGCCCAGGCAGAGGAGGGAGAGCAGGAGUCACGCAAGCUCACCCAAGAAGUGCCAGGCUACGUACAUCAUAACAAACUGAUCUUGGCAGCACCAGUGAUUGCAGUAGCAGCAAGUUUUUUUCUCACUUACUGUUUAAUUGCCAUUUGUCAUAGAAGAGCCUCAGAGGAUGGUAAGGAAGGCAGGGGCUUUUUCUCAAUUCUUGGACUUAAGAGACGCUCACCAGAACAUGAGAUGGAGGAGGGCGGUUUCUGGAGAAGGCGGCCGCUUUGGAUUUGGGAUAUGUACUGGCCUCUCAACGCCAUGCGUAAGACAGAUGUGGAACAGAAGGAACACCUCAAUGAUGCAUUGGAUGACGAGUUGCUUGACAAAAUGGAGAAGGAUGAAGCCCUCACAUCAACAACCAAGGUUGCUACAUCAGACUCGGCUGCUGAGGAGACGGGUGAAGAAAGUGAAGGCUGA